AUGCCCCUCGUCCGUGCGUUGCAAGAGCUUGCUCCGGAGAUUGGAGUGCCCGUGGCGGCUGACCGUAAGGUUUCGGUGACAGCAUAUGCAGAUGACUUGAUGACAUUCAGCUCAUCCACCGUCGGUAUCAAGAAGGCACACUCGGUCGUUGUCCAGUUUCUUCGGUGGUCUACCAUGCAAGCCAAUGCUUCCAAGUGUGCCUCGCUCUCGGUCAAGACCGACACACAUGGACAUUUACGUGACGAUCAAGUGGAGCUUACACUGGACGGUGACAUCAUUCCGUCGCUCAAGAUUUCGGAAGGGUACACGUACCUGGGUAUCGGUGAUGGCUUCAACCACGCCAAACACCGUGGCUCGAUGGGACCUGUUUUGCAAGACAUGAAGCGCAUGAUGACACCGAUUUUUCGUUCAUCACUGGCUCCGUGGCAAAAGAUGAAGGCGAUCAAAACGUAUGUUUACCCGAAAGCAGAUUAUCUGCUGCGACACGUACGAGCCUACAAGACCCAGCUGGACAGUGUGGACUCAGCCUUGGCACGUGGUUUACGCCAUCUUCUGAAGCUCAACCAGUCCAGCACGACUGAUACGUUUCACGCUCCGGUUGCCGCCGGUGGUUUGGGUUUCAUCCAACUCGUCGAACUUCGGGCUGUGCUCCAGAUAAGCCAUGCCUGGCAGAUGCUGCACUCCUCCGAUGUGCUUAUUCGUGAGAUUGAUCAAGAGCAAGUGUGGCAGGCAAUACAGAAGCGAUUCAUCAUGGACCCGGACCAUUGGCGUGGACGUAUACCUACUGCCAUCCAGAUCUUUUUGAAUGGUGAUCUCGAUUCUUCUCCAUUUUCCCGUCAGAAGCGCAAGUCGAGGGAUAUUGGUUCGUUAUGGGUGGAUGUCAAGAAUCAUCUUGCUACCAGUGGAUUGAAGUUGACGACGGAAACAGUGCUCACGGAAGCUGGAACUGAGGUGGAAAUGAUGGCGCAGCUCAAGUUACCACAUCUAUCGCAACCACUACAGCACAGCGACAUCACCAGGCAGCUUCGCCAGCAUUUCAAACUGACGGAGCUUGAGCGGUGGAAAGGAUUGAGUGCCCAGAGUACCGUUGUGCGAGCUAUUGGUGGAGUUGGAAGCUGUUUUCUUUCUCGUGGUGGUGGAAUGAGCGACGCAGAAUUUCGUUUUGCUUUGCAGGCUCGGGUUGAUUUGCACUGCCCAGGCAAUUCUCGGGCCAUUGAUGGUCGUCACGACCGUGUUCUUGGGAUGAUCAAGAAAGCGGUAGAGCCCAUUGUUUCCAAGUCCUCCGGUCGUCUGACGGAUUGCUUUGACACAUACGUGGAGGGUCUACCGGGUCGUCAACUGCGUCCAGAUAUCCAGAUUUUUGAUGCAGCUUCGAGGACUGCCUACAUUUGUGAUCUCGCCAUUGCCUUUGAAGCUCAGAAGACUGACGACCCUACUACAGGCAACAUGCGCGUUCGUCAUGCCGAGAAGUUGGUCAAGUACCAGCGUGCAAAGGAGUUUCUGGAGACGAUGGGAUGGCGCGUUCAAGUUUCAGCUUUGGUGUACGGAUCGUGGGAUCAGUCGAGCAGCACGGCAUCGAACGCGAUUACGGCGCGGGACGAGGACGCCGUGUCGGUUGGGAGCGACUUCUUCAGCGACGACGGUGACGCGGACGACUCUGCGAGUGCUGCGACGGACGAGGGUGUUGCAGCUGCUGCUGACGCCGAUGACAUCGACGUGGACGCCACCGCCGCCGCUACCGACGAGGACGCCGCUCGUGUCGGUGCUGCUAGGGAUGCAAAUCCAACAGCUGGUGCCGCGCGGGAACGACUGCUCGCGACUGCCGCGACAGGUCUGGUCGAUGAUGCCAGUCUCACUGAACCGAUGGACAACGACGGGAACACCCUUCAAGACAUCGACAUUGCUGCUCAAGGUGUUGCCUUUCAUGGCGCUAUGGAUCAAGCUGCUUAUGAUGACUGUUUUCAGGAUGUUGAAGAUAUUCUAUUUGAAUACACCGUCGAUGACGAUGCUACUGCUACGUGCCCCGACUUCGAUGACUCGAUCUUCGACGCUGCGCAUCCCGCCAUGGAGACCGACGACUGCCCCGUUCUUGUCCAAGACGUCCGUCCGGUCGACCUCCUCGCCGAGUAUCCUGCACCUCAUCCCGUUCAAGCCGGCCCCGCUCCCGACCAAGCUGCUGCCUCCGACGCCGCCACUACCGACCCGCUCGCCCCCACGCCCGGUUGGACGAUCGAGUCCCAAGACUCACGUUCACCGGCUGACUAUCCGGAUGUCGACGAUGGUGCAACGCCUGCCCCGUCUCUGGCCACGCUAUCCAUCUACCCGCAUAACGCAGCGACUUUUCGCUGCGUCGCGUGCGACUUUGUUGCACCGCAGCUUGCGGAGCUGCGUGCGCACCGACACCGGCGGCAUCGCGGGACCCCGUUCAUUGACAUUUUCCGCAGUGGAUGCGCCUGUGCCAUCUCGUUUGCCCAACGGGCAGCGGCUACUCGGCACAGCCUCCACUGUGGAACAGCUCAAGAAGCCACUUUGACUGCCAUAUCGGCGCGGCUCAUGGCACCCGCAGACACACCAGCGGCUGAAGGAGGGCCCAUGGUGACACGCCGUAACCCUCCUCCAGACUUAUCCACCCCACCCACUAGUUCCUUUUGGCCGUGGCUGGCCGCUCGCUCUCGUCUUCGUGUCCCAGCUUGCUCCGCGGGAAGUUCAAGCCCAAGCCCCAGCUCAAGACCCGGUACUGCAGCGUCGCUGUCCGGUGCCAAGCGUCGACGGUUAAACUCCUCGCUGCUGGUGGGUCAAGAUGAAGACGUGGACAUGGACCACAACGAGGAUAAUACCGUUGAUGCUUUCCUCCGUCGGAUGAUGGUUUACGCCCCCGACACGAGCAACACUUCGACGACGCCCCCGCAAGAUAUUCGCCCGGCUACUGCGCCAUCUACGCCGACUGUUGUGUCGUCCGAACUCACAAGACACGAUGUCAGUCACAACGCGGGGGCUACGGAUGAUGAAGACGAAGUUGAUGACCCCAAUGAUGCCGUUUUAGAUGAACACUAUGAUGAACAUUUCGAUGACAGUUUUGAUGACAAUUCUGAUGACAAUUUUGAUGACACUUUUGCUGGAGAUGAUGGACACGAUGACACUGCUACUGAAAACGAUAAUAAGGCUGGUACCACCGAUGAUGGUGCAGGUGACAACGCUGCUGCUGGUACUGUUGCUCCGGGUGCAUUUUAUUUAGCGCACGACCAUGAUUCCACGAUGAAUGCCCAAGACCCUGAGCCCACUUCCUGGACGCUGUUCUUUGAUGGAGUGUGUCGCCGACGAUCGAUGGUAUCUAAUGCCGCUGCUGGGGAAGGAGCCAUACUGUUUCAAGGCACGGUGAGCCAGUGGACCAUUUCUCGGUAUCUGGACAGCACGACGCAGACCAACAACACUGCAGAGUAUAUUGCUCUGGUUGAAGGACUUCGUGGCGCUCAACAUCAUGGCGUGCGUCGCGUCAAGGUGAUGGGUGACAGUGCACUGGUUUUGGAGCAAGUGCGUGGACGCUACUCGUGCAAUAACGCUCGACUUCGACGUUUGAGGAACAAGGCUCGCACUCUCCUGCACAACUACAACCACUACGAUCUGGUCCAUGUGGAUAGGAUGGAGAACCAGGCUGCUGACCAAUUGUAA